AUGUCAGCAAUCAAUUUUGUCGAGCUUCAAUCCGACAAUUAUUCCAAAGACACUCUUUACACUCUUUACACUCUUUACACUCUUUACACUCUUUACACUCUUUACACUCUUUACACUCUUUACACUCUUUACACUCUUUACACUCUUUACACUCUUUACACUCUUUACACUCUUUACACUCUUUACACUCUUUACACUCUUUACACUCUUUACACUCUUUACACUCUUUACACUCUUUACACUCUUUACACUCUUUACACUCUUUACACUCUUUACACUCUUUACACUCUUUACACUCUUUACACUCUUUACACUCUUUACACUCUUUACACUCUUUACACUCUUUACACUCUUUACACUCUUUACACUCUUUACACUCUUUACACUCUUUACACUCUUUACACUCUUUACACUCUUUACACUCUUUACACUCUUUACACUCUUUACACUCUUUACACUCUUUACACUCUUUACACUCUUUACACUCUUUACAGGCGAAAGAAGGGGCUAGCGCUGCCGUGA